AUAGGACUUGGACGCGAUAAGCAUCGUAUAGGAGGAAUUCCCAAUCUUUCCCACCCUUGGAUUCCGAGUACAGCUCCAGCACGUCGUCCGAGUCUUGCAGCAUAUCUAUGUCGGAGCAGAGCACGCGCCGAUCAAUCAACUGCUUACCAUCAGUGACCGAGGAAGAGAAUCGCAAAGCAGAGGACAACAGCCGGGAUCACGCAGAUGGACCUGCCAUGGCUGCUACCUCAAGACGUGCUCGCCGAUGUCCUCCGGUUUGUUCCGCCGCGCAGCCUCGCCGCAUGCCGCUGCGUUUGCAAGGCCCUGCGGAGCACCAUUGACGACCACUGCCUACUACGUGCGGAUCUCCUCCCGCUGUCGGUCGCCGGCAUCUUCAUCAAUUUUAACGACCUCCCUUUGCCGGAAUUUUUCUCCCGUCCCUCGGCGCCGGCGGGGCCCUCAAUCUCCGGUAGAUUCGACUACUUGCCAUCCUCCGGUCUCCGUUUGAUCCGAGAUCACUGCAAUGGCCUCCUCUUAUUCAAGGACUACGUGGCUAACCCUGCCACUCGACAAUGGGAAUCCUUGCCACCGCGUUCGUCAAUGUUUAUGGACGUAGAUGCGGAUUUCACUUAUGAAGACUACCUCGUGUUUGAUCCAACGUUAUCACCCCACUAUGAGGUGUUUGUAAUCCCACGUCUACGUUACAAAAGAGUGAUGAGAGGUUUUCAUGACAACAAUUCAGAGGUGAUGGAGAAAUCUGAAUGGCCUUCGUCUGUGCUCGAUCUGCACGUGUUCUCCUCAAAGUCAGGUUGCUGGGAGGGGAGGGGUUUUAUUCGAGAAGGAAAGGCUGUUGGCACCGUCGCCGAAAUGCGACGGCCACAUUGGAGUUGGGACAAAAAACGAUAUGGCGUAUACUGGCGGGGUGAUCUUUUCGUGCUGUGCGAAGCUGAAUUUACAAUGAGGAUAUCUUUGUCAAAUUGUACAUAUAGAUUAAUUAAGUCGCCGAUGGACACUGAAGUAUGCAGAAAUUCGGGAUUUCAUCUAGGACGGUUGAAAAAAGGGGUGUAUCUUGCAUCUCUUCAUACUGCAUGUCUUCUUAUGGUUUGGGUCCUUGAGGUAGCUCAUGGCCACACGAAUUGGGUACUGAAACAUAACAUUUGUCUUAAAUCUAUACUACAACGUCGAGAUUAUAAAGAACCCGUACUUGGCUCAUGGGUCUUGCAAGAUAUUAACUUUGACGAGGGUGUCAAAUAUUAUAAGGAGCAUAAUGAACAUGCUGGCUACAUGGAAUUUCUAAUGCAGAAGAAAUCUAUAUUGAACUCAUCAUGCAAGGAGGAGCUAUUGGAAGAAGAGUAUGAAUGGGACUCCGAAAAUGAUGAUAUUCUUGACCAGAAAGAUGUGGUUGGCAAUUGUUACCACGGAUGUGUGGGCAUCCUCGGUUUUCAUCCUUAUAAGGAGAUUGUCUUUCUGAAAGUAUCAUUGUACAGGGCACUAGCUUAUCAUUUGAAAGUCUCAAAGGUUCAAGAUCUAGGCUACAUAUACCCGACAAGUUAUUAUGAAGUUAUGUCGAUCGACCGGUUCAUAAGAGAGUCAUUUCUGUACACACCCUGCUGGAUACGACAUGAGAGUUCAAACGGAUGUGGAAAGCCUCUGUUGAAACCCAAUUGAACAUCCUAAUAAAGGCUCGUUCAUUUUUAAGUCUCUGUACUUAUAGCUAUAUUACUUUUGUAGCUUUUACAUAUUUUUUCUGGUUCCAAAAGCAUCUUAUUCAUACGCUAAU